AUGCUCUAUCCACCUUUCUCUCCUUCUUCUGUACAUUGUUUUUAUCCUCUUUCUUCUCCUCAUCCAAUAACAUUUACCAUCCUUUUUCCUCUCUUACAGUGUCAUUCUCCAUUGUCUUUCCUCUCUCCUUCCUAUACCCUACUCCUUCCUCCUCUUUUUUUAUUAUCCCCCUUCUGUAUUGUGCUUUGUUCUUCUUCCCCACCUCCACCAAUACACUGCUCUAUCCUCUUUCUCUUUCCCUCUCAUCUUUCCUCUUUUCCUCCUUUGUUGUCCUUAUUUCUCCAUUGUGCAUUGUUUUUCUUUUCCCACUUAUUCUUUCCACCUUCUGAUCCUCUCCCUCUCCUGUAUCAUGUUCCAUACUCCUUCUCCUGCACUAUCCUCUUUUUCCUGCUUCACUUGUACUCUUCCCUGUCCUUUCCUGGAUCAUCAUCAUCACCCUCCCACUACCACACCUCAUCUCACUCUCUUGUUUCAUCAUUGUCCUCAUUCUGUCUUGUUGCAUCCUUUUGCAGUAUCCAGCCCCUUCCAUCAUGGUUCACCUAUUGCAUCAGUCAGACAUCUUUUCUUACCUGUCUGAUUGAUACUUACUCUCCACCUUACAUCCUAUUACCCCUGUUGACUUUCUUUUUGUUAAUGUUGCAUUUAACUUGA